CCUUACAAAAAUAAAAUACAGUUAUCUUGUUAUCUUCUUUUGCUAGCCUUAGAUUUCCAUACUCAACUCACCACUCUGAGAAGCCACUUCAAUGGCUCUCACUACCAGACUCCUCUUCAACUCUCCUACAAAACCAACCCACUUUCUCAGCCGUCCGAUCAUUCCUCCAUGUGGGUCCCUCCCACUUCUUACAAGAACCUCAAACAUAGUAACCUUUGCUAAGAGAACUAGGAAGUUUGAGAGCAGGAACAAGAGUAGCUCAACUUCAACUAAAGAAGAGCUGCUGGGUGAUCCAACGGCUGAGAUUGGUGGGGAGCUUGGGGCCGUUGAUUCUGAUGAGAGCUUUGAGGGGUAUGUGUUGCCUGAUCUUCCUGGACUAGAGAAGGAUUUUUGGGAAGGGCCUGAGUGGGAUGGCUUUGGAUUCUUCAUUCAGUACAUGUGGGCUUUCGGUAUCGUUUUCGCGUUGAUUUCAAGUGGAAUUGCAGUAGCUACAUACAAUGAAGGUGCAACUGAUUUCAAGGCGACUCCUGCAUACCAGGAAUCAAUCCAGUCACAGGAGCUAUUAGAAGAACCCGACGAGUCCAAUUCUGAUGUCUUCGAAUCCAACCCAACUGAGCAGGCACCUAGUUUGGAAUAACUGGUCUUCCAACUGAAUUUAUGGAAGUUAUCCUCAGAACAUUCCGAAGUUUUGACAAAGAAACAGCCAUCAACAAAGAAGUUUCCUCGAUUCCUAUAUCAAUGUCAUGCUGGAAUUUCUUAUUGUUUUACUGUACUGUUAGUUUGGUAUAGAACAACAGAAUCUAAAGUUAUCUGUGGUGAAAAAAAUGUAUUUCAGAUCGUUCUAGCAAGUAAAUAGUUUUCAUUUUUAUAAACAUAUUGGAAUAUUUCUUCGCA